AUGCUAGUCGAGCUACAGUACCGUCCGAAAUUGUCAAGGGACAUCCCAAACGACAGUCGUGAAGAGCAGUCCAGUCAAUUUAAUGGGGGAGCCAAUCCAAGUAGCAGCUUAAGGAAGACCAGCCAUGCUAGUCGAGCUAGAGGGACAUCCCAAACGACAGUCGUGAAGAGCAGUCCAGUCGACCUAAUUAAGGGAAGCAAUCGAAAUAGCAGCUUCCGGGAGAACAGCUUCAGUGACACUUUCAGGGAGGGCAGUCCAAUUGAUAGUUCCAGAGAGAGCAGUCCAAUUGCUGUUGGUAAUCCUAACGAGGGAUUAAGAGAGGCAAAUUCUGAAAACACUAUCGCAGGAGAAAUUCUGAAAAGUUUUCCAACAACCACGGAAACUGCGAUUGAAGGAGUUAUUGCGGAUUGUUUCAAGAGGACUGGAGAUCGAAUUAAACGAAACAUUUCAAAAGUUGGACGUGCUUAUUAACUAGACUAAACAGCUUUAAUUGCGUUUUAUUUUGAUCUUAAUAAAAAAAAUCAAAAUUUUGUAGUAAGAGAAAUACUAUUUUAAUAAAUAAAAUGUCCCUGAAAUUUAAACCCA